AUGAUUAAUGAUGCGGAUGACGACAGUUGUCGGUUUUGGGUGGCAACCAACCUUUCUACUUGUAGGUUGAUGACGAUUCUGAACUAUCUUUGUCGACUCCUUCUUGGGUUUCUUUUGCUGGUGUUGGCGGCAGUGCUAGGAUGUUUGUUGUUGACUCUGCCUUUUCUCUUAGCCUCCUUGCUGCUGCCUUCACUGUUUCUUGUCGAUGACUCUUUCCUUCUUUGUUUUUGUUAUAUUUGGUGUGUUUGGGAAGAAGGAUAAGAUGUGGGAAAGUCCUUUCUGUGAAUUCCCUUCUCUGUGUAUGGCUGUGGGGUUUUCUUUGGAAUGGUGAGUAUGCUUUUAGAAGAGGCAGUGGAAGUUUGGCAGAGUUUAUCUGUUGUGUUUUUUGUAUUGGAUUAUUAUGGCUAAAGAGGAAGAAGGGAAGGGGAAAUUAGUUUUUAGUGGCUACGGUUUGGUCUGUAUUUAGAAAGGAAGGAAGUGGCAAGUUUUGCAUAGUUGACUGCUGUGUUUUUGGAUAAAAAAAGGAUGAAGUGGUGAGGAGUUUUUGUUUCUGUUUAUGUGUAUGUUGCUUUAGGAGGGGAGGAAGAAGAAGAAGGAAGGAAGUAUGUUGGGGAUUUUUUCCUUUUCUCUCGUAUGUCUUUGUGUUUCAGGGGGGAGUAGGAAGAUGAACAACCAAAAGAGGAGAAGAAAAGAGAGGGAGUCUUCCCCGGGGAGAAAGAAGCUGUCCAUGCCUUCUUGUGAGAGCCCAAAGGGUUCUUUUAUAUGAAAAAGGCAGCUUGCGCAACAAGUUUUUUACAGUACCAGUUUUGGGUCAGAUCGGUCUGGGUUUGGUCAGACCUGACCGGGUUGACCGACUUUGACUUUUGUUGACCAAAUUGACUAAAAGUUGACUGACUUUGGGUCUUGAUUUGGGCCUACAUUUACUUUAUUGUUGUAUUUUGUUUGUAAAUUUAAUAUAAGAAUUAUUACGAAUUAUUAUGGAAUAGCAUUGUGAUUGUAACUUUUAUUUAUGUUUGGUUUAAUUCUAAUUUAUUUUAAUAAGAUGC